AUGGAAGAACGAACCCCGAAUUUAGCUCCGGAUACCUUACCCAUUACGUGCAUGAUUUGGAAUGUGCAAGGUGCGGGAAGUAGAGCGUUUGUUUCAGUUUUGAAAGAAAUUGUCAGAACCAACCACCCUAAUGUUAUUGCCCUCGUAGAGACACGCAUGGGAGGUGAUCAAGCCCUCUCAAUUGCGUCGACCUUAGGGUACUCAGGCCACACUCGUGUGGAUGCAAACGGGUUCAGCGGUGGCAUCUGGAUUUUUUGGAAGCCAGAAUUGGUCACUGUUGAGCCAAUCAUCAAGCACAACCAGCAUAUUACUAUGGAUAUUACAAGAACAGGAGCUACUCCUUGGUAUUUCACUGCGGUAUAUGCGAGUCCAGACCCCACGAAACGUAGAGAGUUGUGGAAUGAAUUAAGAGAAUUUGCAAGCACCAAUAAUAAACCUUGGCUCAUUGCUGGAGACUUUAAUGAUACUAGAUUUCCUUCGGAAAGAAACAGAUCGUUCAGCGAGACAGAUAGAAGAUCAGCAAGGUUCAAUGAUUGGGUAGAUGAGAUGAACCUAAUUGAGAUAGAGUUCACGGGAGCGGCACAUACUUGGGCUCGUGGCCUAACCCCGGAGACAAGGCAAAGUGGGCGUCUUGAUAGAGCUCUUUGUAACGGCGAAUGGGGACUGCGUUUUGAGCAAGCUAAAGUGAAACAUCUUCCCACAUCCCACUCUGACCAUUGCCCAAUUUUAUCUCACCCAAUGGCUUUGUCCCAUUGCAUUCAAUUAAUAGACCCUUCCGAUUUCAAGCUACUUGGUUAUCACAUGAGAGGUUUAAAGAAUUUAUCUCAAAGUGAGCUAGAUGAAGUAUUAAAGCAAGAGGAAACACUGUGGUAUCAAAAAUCGCGAGUCGAAUGGAUAAAGAAUGGAGAUAGAAAUACCACUUUUUUCCAGUUAAGCACAAUAGUGAGAAGAUGGAGGAAUAAAAUAGUUGCAAUAAAAGACUCCAAUAAUGACUGGAUCAGUGAUAAAGAUUUAGUUAAAAGUCAGAUUGUUAACUAUUUUACCUCACUGUUCACGGAUGAAGGGGAGCCCAGUUUAUUUGAUGUGCCAAACGACGUCUUCCCGGAGUUAUUGCAGAAGGACUGGGAUAGAUUAUCUUUGCCUUACACAAAACAUGAGGUGGACCUAGUGAUCAAGAAUAUGGGGGCACUCAAAGCCCCGGGACCGGAUGGCUUCCAAGCUAUCUUCUAUCAAAAGAAUUGGGAUAUUGUUGCUAAUAAAGUGUAUGAGAUGGUAAUCCCAGUACUUGAAGGUAAAGGGUUGCCGGCAAAUUUGAAUGACACACACAUUGUUCUAAUUCCCAAGGUUGAUCACCCUGAACAUGCUGCCCAGUUUCGCCCGAUUGGCUUAUGUAAUGUGGCUUACAAAAUAAUCACUAAGGUGAUUGUUAACCGUAUCAAACCACUACUGCCCUUUCUCAUCUCGAAUACCCAAUCAAGCUUUGUCCCGGGGAGGAAAAUCACUGACAAUAUAGUGAUAGUUCAGGAGGUUCUGCACACCAUGAGAAGAAAACAAGGGGAAAAGGGUCUUAUGGCAAUAAAGAUCGACUUCGAAAAAGCAUACGACCGACUACGUUGGUCAUUCAUCAGGGAUACCCUAAUGCAAAUAAACCUUCCUUUGCUUCUAAUUAAUGUGAUAAUGGAGUGCGUAACAACUGCUUCCCUCCAAGUUUUAUGGAAUGGUGAGCCAUCCAACUCCUUCAAACCAACUAGGGGGAUAAGGCAGGGCGACCCGCUUUCACCGUACUUAUUUGUCAUGUGUAUGGAGCGGCUAUACCAAACAAUAGAGGAAGCCAUAGUUAAUGGUCACUGGAAACCUAUUCGGGCAAGUAGAAAUGGACCCUUGCUUUCUAAUCUUUUCUUUGCGGAUGACAUCAUCCUAUUUACAGAAGCAAAUGUUGAGCAAGCGAAUAUCAUGAAGAACUGCUUGAACAGAUUCUGCAAUGCCUCCGGACAAAAGGUCAGCUUAUCAAAAUCCAGAAUUUAUUUCUCAAAGAAUGUCAGUGAGCUAGCACAAGCAAAUAUCAGUCAGGCCCUGGGUAUGAACGUUACUACUGAUCUAGGUACUUACCUAGGAAUGCCUACUAUCACAAGUAGGGUAACACGAGCCACAUUUAGCCACUUAUGUGAAAAAAUAGACCGUAGGCUCUCAGGGUGGAAAACGAAAUACUUAUCUCUAGCAGGCCGCAUUACACUGGCUAAAUCCACACUGUCUACUAUAGCAUGCUACUCUAUGCAAACGGAAAAAAUACCCCGUACGAUUUGUGAUGACAUUGAUAAAAGAACGAGAAGGUUCAUUUGGGGUGGUACGGAAGAGAAGCGUGGAGUACAUCUCUUAUCCUGGGAGACACUUCAGAAACCAAAAGAACAUGGAGGCAUCGGAGUUCGGUCUUCCAGACAAUCAAACGCUGCUUUUUUGACCAAACUAGGCUGGCGAGUGUUAACUGAACCUCAAGCUCUUUGGUCACGGGUCCUACGUGCUAAGUACUGCAAGGGCCGUUGUGAUAUUGAUAUGUUCGAGCCUAAAAAGGACAGCUCCAACGUGUGGAAGGGAAUCACAGAAAACUCCAAAUUUCUUUGUGAAGGGAUGAAAACAGCGGUGGGUAAUGGGUCACAAACAUUGUUUUGGGAUCACAAGUGGGCAACUGACACUCCUCUUAGCAACCUCGCCACUCAAAAUAUACCCAUGGAAAUCACAGGAGCUACUGUAGAGGAGAUGUGGGAACACGAUCUUGGUUGGAAAUGGGACUUAUUCUCGCCAUACUUGCACGCUGAUAUACUGCAAUUAAUUCAAUCAUUUGAAUUGAAAAAUGACCCAAGCAUUGGGGACUUAGUGUAUUGGAAAGAUGGCAAAAAUGGGAGGUUCUCAAUAAAAUCUGCACUUAGCAUAAUGAGGCACGAGGAUGAUGGGUUUGAUGAUAAAAGCUGGAACCUAAUUUGGAAAACACCCGUACAGCAAAGAACCAGGGCAUUCUUAUGGAUGGCAGGACAUGACAGGAUUCUGGGUAACAUGAACCGCUUCAAAAGGCAGAUGACAAAUGAUCCUAAAUGCUUCGUAUGUGGUGAUUUGGAGGAAACAUCCAUACAUAUUUUGCGAGACUGCCCUGCUGCAAAAAUAGUGUGGAAUAGAUUAGGUGGGAGAGCUAAUGCCCACAACUUUUGGCAGGGUAGCAUUAAAGAGUGGAUAGUAGAUAAUGUGAACGAGGAAAAUGCAGGUUUACACGAACACUGGCCUACCUUCUUCGCACUGACUAUAUGGUGGCUUUGGAGAUGGCGGAACUGCCAUGUAUUUGGACGUCACUCUGAAAUCCCAAUUGAUGUGGGUGCAUUUCUACAAGUGCGCUUUGACGAGACACGUAGGUGUUUACAAGAAAUGGAGGAAGAAGGCAACAGCAACCACAAGGCAAGGGUCGAAACCAACAUCAGUUGGAUUGCCCCAGAAGAUGGCUGGUACGUUUUGAAUUGUGACGGUGCAGCCAAAGGCACUCCUGGACCUGCAGGUGGUGGUGGAGUCAUACGUGACCAUUGUGGGAAUUAUAUCUCAGGAUUUACAGCAAAUUUUGGACAUUGUUUGGCUUUUCGAGCGGAGGUGCUGGCACUCACUAAGGGACUAGAAUUGGCUCAUAACCUUCAAAUCAAAAAGCUGGAAAUCCAAUUGGACAGUUUGUCCUGUGUACAAGCACUCCAAAGCAACAGCAGAGACGAUGCUGCCUGCACUCAUGAAUUGAACUUCUGCCGCACAAUGCUAAACGAUCCAACAUGGAAGAUAAGAGUAGCUCAUGUCUACCGCGAAGGCAAUAGGGCAGCUGAUUGGCUUGCCAACCAAGGUGUACUACAAGAUACGAGACUCGAAAUCAUAGAAGGUGUUCCACCAACUCUAAGUAAAAUUCUAGAAGAGGAUAUGAGAGGUGUGGCUUUCCCACGUUUCAUACCUCCUUAG